GAACCCCAUCCCGGUGCGGCACCGAUCUCGUUCUGUGCCGAGGCCGCCGCCGGAGCCUGUCCGGGAGCGUUCUCCCUGAGAGAAUGCGCUCUUUGGGAAUGCCCGGUGACAGACAGGACUGAGAUAGGCUCCUGGGAAACUUGUUGCGCAACAGAUACUGUGAGCAGGCUGUCAAGUGGAGAGAAGAAAACACUGAAAAAUUUUAAGUGGACAUUUCACCAUAUUUUAACGCUUCCAAGAAUCUCAAUCCUUUUCCGGUGUAUGUGAAGACAACUUAAGUGGAUGACUUUACAUUGAAAAAUAUAGGUGUAAAGUUGUAUUUUCUGCUGUUGACCAGUUUCUCCCACUACAGUCCACAAGUUAAUUGAAAAAUUGAAUAUAGCAGCAGACUUUCUCAGUCUUGAAGAAAUUUGUUCUACCUACAUCAUGGGAAGGUCUUUGCUUUUGUACAUAUUUUUAUUCUACUGGCAUUUCCUAAAUGCUUUAUUCACUGUUGAAGCACCUCAGUCACUCUACACUGUGGAAUACGGGAAGAAUGUGACCAUGGAAUGCACAUUUCCAGUGAAUGGGAAAUUAAAGUUUAAAGACUUAGGUGUCAGCUGGGAAAAGAAAGAUGAGUUGAAGCAGGUUUAUGUACUUUUCAAAGGAGAGGAAGACUUUAAAGCUCAGCAUAGUGACUUUAAGGGAAGAAUAAAAUUGUUGAAAGAGAAUCUGAACUUGGGACAGUCUCUCCUUCAGAUCACUGAUGUGAAGCUCAGAGAUGCAGGCGAUUACCGCUGUCUUAUUGAGUAUGGGGGAGCUGACUAYAAGACAAUCCACCUGAAAGUUAAUGCCCCUUACAGAAUUAUAACCCCAGGAGUAGUGAGCRCAGGACACAAUGAAUGGAAGUUGACAUGUCAGUCAGAAGGAUACCCAGAAGCUGAAGUGAUCUGGCAAAACAGAGACUAUGAAGAUUUGUCUGAUAAGGCAAACACAAGAUAUGAAUCUGGAAGUGACCAGUUGUACCUUGUGACAAGUACCCUUACAAUCAAAAGUGGAAUUGAUGAGAUUUUUUACUGUACAUUCUGGAAUAAAGAGCUGCAAGAAAAUACAUCUGCCAUUUUACACAUAGCAGAUUCAGCUGAUGGCAUUCUCCAGACUGAGAGCAGACGUUUUGUUGGAGCAGCACUCAUUAUUACUGCUUUGGUUGGAUCUGGGCUUCUAUUUCUGCUCUGCAUAAGAAAAGCUAGAGCAAAUAAGGGCAGCAGAACACCUGUGGCAAGUUCAUCAAUAGCAAAGCUGUCAAAAGAUAAAGAUACACAUGACUGCAGAGGUUCAUCUUUUGAAGACAGAGAGCUACAAUAUAUUCAAAUAGAGGAGACAUAGAGAAAGCAGAAGACUUUUUUUCCUCUACUGUGAAGAUUUGACAGUGCAAAUGUUCUGUUUUCUAUCAAAGGGGAUAUUAAUUUUUUGUAUUUAUUGUGUGCCAGUAAUCUUCUAUAUUGUUGUAACCCAGGAAAAACAUAAUGAAGUUAAAAUAAUUAUUAUACCAUAAAAAACCCAUGGAAUUCAGGCUUUUGUAUAUGUGAGUAGAUAUUGAGAUAUUUAUUUAAGUAUCAAAUUUCUACCUUCACAAGUUUAGGCAAAUGUGUCUUUCACUGGAGAUUUCUUUCAGGUAAAGCACUUUAGAUCUAUGAAGAUCAUGAAUUUCAUAGCUAAUUCUUGAUAGAUCAUCUUCUGAACUUAUUUUUCUUCCUUCUCUGCCUAAGCAUCUAAUUUUGUUUUCUGUCUUUUGAAGAAUUUUUCCAAUAUUUUAAUCUUCAUAAAAAGGCAACAAAUCAAGAUGCCAUGCAUACAUUCAAUCUUAAAAUACCAGAUGCUCACAGCGAAGCUUGAAAAAAGAUGAUGUAAACCUCUUGGCAACUAUGUCUUGGAAAUGAAAYAAUAUUGAGCUCUUUGAUAUCUUUCUUUGAAAUGUGUUUUGGGGAUUUAACUUCCUCAUGAUAUAGCUGGCACUACUUGGUUACUGCUCAUUACUCCUCUGAUUUACAAUUUGGGGAUAAUGCAAUUCUUUGGACAUUUAGGAAGAACAGUCAUUGUUCUGGAUGGUCAUUUUGUUUGUCUUGGGAAUAGAAAAAKGAAAAUCUUCCUACUUCUAGGACAUGAAAUACAAGCACAUGUGAUUACUUCAGAAAUGUUGAAGAAACCUGUUCCUGGAUCCCAUUUUGCAAGUUUUGCUAAGUGCUUAGCUCUUUUGAGGAGGAUCRUAUACAGAUGAAAAUUAUUUAUUAUUAUGGUAUUGACUAUUGUAUUUUUAAAA